AGUCCAUGAUCCGCGAGCGAACUGGAAAUGCAUGGAUCGAAAUUAAGGUCACUAACUGACUCCAUGAAUUCCGGGAGAAUCUCACCUCUAUACCAUACGCCAUCUCCAUCAUCUCUCGAUCCAUCUCCAGCAAGUUACCUAUAAAAAGCUAAUCCAAUCCCCAGCUAUCUAUCUAGCUCGAUCCAUCACUCCAUCACUCAUCAAGCUAACUGCCUAACCACCAUGGCGAUCCACCACCUCGUCGCCUCUCUCCUCCUCUUCUUCUCGUGCUGCCACGCGGUCGCCGCCGGCGCUGGCGUUCGCGGCCGGCUGCCACCGACGCUGGCGACGUGGCGCCAGUACGCGGCCGCCGCCGCGCCGCCGCCGCAGGUGGUGCAGUACGAGACGCGGUACUUCACGCAGCGGCUGGACCACUUCAACGAGCUGCCGGCGAGCAACGGCACGUUCCGGCAGAGGUACCUGGUGAACGGCACGUUCUGGGGCGGGGCGGCGGCGCCGGUGUUCGUGUACGCCGGCAACGAGGGCGACGUCGCGCUGUUCGCCAGCAACACCGGUUUCAUGUGGGAGGCGGCGCCGCGGUUCCGCGCCAUGCUCGUGUUCGUCGAGCACAGGUACUACGGCGAGUCGCUGCCGUUCGGCGGCACCAGGGCGGCGGCGUUCGCGGACGCGUCGGCGGCGGGGUACCUGACCACGGCGCAGGCGCUCGCCGACUUCGCGGAGCUCAUCCUCAGCCUCAAGUCCAACCUCACCGCCUGCAAGGCCCCCGUCGUCAUCUUCGGCGGCUCAUACGGCGGCAUGUUGGCUGCAUGGAUGAGGAUGAAGUACCCGCACAUUGUGAUGGGCGCCGUUGCAUCCUCUGCACCUAUUCUUGGCUUAAACGGUCUAUCUGAUCCUUACUCCUUCUAUAAUGUCGUCUCCAACGACUUCAAGAGUGAAAGUAAACAUUGCUACGAUGUGCUUCGAAACUCAUGGAGUGAGAUGUACAAAGCGCUGGCCACCGACGCAGGGCGAGCUCGACUCAACCAAACAUUCAAUAUGUGCAAAGGUAACGUGGACGACAUACCCGGCUUGGUCGAGAAGGCUCUAAUCUACGGCUCAAUGAUGGAUUACCCGACACCAUCCAACUUCCUCACCUCCCUCCCGGCGUAUCCCGUCAGAGAGAUUUGCCGCGCGAUCGACAAACCGACGUCGGGGAACGACACGGUGUCGCGGAUCAAGGACGCGAUGACGAUCUACUACAACAGCACCGGCGGGCUUGCGUGCUUCCCCGGCGCCGGCGCCGAGGACGACGACCCCUACGGCAUGUUCCCCGGCUGGACCUGGCAGGCCUGCACGGAGGUGAUCAUGACGAUGAGCUACGGCAUCGGCAACGCCACCGUCUUCCCGCCGGACCCCUUCAACCUCACCGCCUACCUCGCCGGCUGCCUCGCCACCACCGGCGUCCCUCCCCGCCCUCACUGGAUCCAGUCCUACUUCGGCGGCUACGAUAUUCGGAAUGUUUUGAAGAGAUCUGGGAGUAACAUCAUCUUCUUCAAUGGACUCCGCGAUCCGUGGAGCGCCGGCGGAAUACUGAAGAGCAUUUCCAACAGCAUCAUUGCGCUGGUUGAGCCAAAAGGUGGACACCACGUAGACCUGAGAUUCUCCACCAAGGAAGACCCUGAAUGGCUCAAGAAAGUCCGGAGACAGGAGAUGAGAAUCAUAGCUGAUUGGCUCAAACAAUACUACAGUGAUGAGGCCAUAGAUAGCAUGAUGAACUAGUCUUAGCUGUUCUCCACAAAAAAAAAAAAACACUAGUCUCAGCUAGUAUUAUAAAGUAGUCUCACUAUAUGUGCAUGACAAAUUAAAAUUAAGUAGCUAGCUAGGAAUUAAUUAAGUGGAUUGGUUUUAUUCCAUAUUGUUUUUUAUCAUUCUAUUAUUUAUUCAUACCCAUAAUAAUAAUAAGAA